AUGAUUUUGUACCGAGGAAAAGAAGAUUUCAAUAAUGAUUUCAAUUUAAAAAAAGUGCUUUCAUUAUCAUUGUACUCUCCUUUACUGGGAGUAAUCGUCGAUUGGUCUUGUAAUGAAGAUUUAUCAUUUGAGUUUUCAGAUAAUUGGUUAUGGAAUUCAAGUUAUCACUGGCUAAUGAUAAUGGAAAAAAAUUCAAAUAAAAAUAUUCGAAGUUUUCUCUCAACAAAAAAUAUUAACCUCACCGUUUGGAGCGAAGUUUUUUUAGCAUAUCCUAAUAAUACAAUGUAUGGGAUUUUUAAAAAUUGGCAUAUUUUUGACAUUUAUAGAACAGCUUACGAACCUAGAGGACAACUUAUGAUUGAUGUUGUGAAUGAAACUUUUGGAAAAUGGGGAAAUCGAAUAUGUAAAUAUGACAAAAGAUCAAAUUUAGAAAAUUUAACAUUAGAUGUCGUUACUAUAGGAAACGCUUACGGUUCUGCGACUAAAACAAAUAGCACGAGUAUUACAGCAUCUAACAAAGAGCUGGUCAAGUAUUUAAGAACAUAUAAUUUGGAUCGCAUGAAUUACGGGCAAAAAUUUUCUUAUGCUAUAAUGUACUCACUAACAAGAAAUGUAUUGAAUCUCACGAUGUAUAUUAAAACGACAAAUUCAUGGGGUUACAAGACCAAUAACAAAUGGGACGGAGUAAUUGGAAUGUUAAUAUCCGGAGAAGCAGAUUUUUCAGUAAUACUAAACGCGAUAAGACCCGAAAGAUUAGAAGUAGUCGAAUAUUCGGCUAUUACAACAUGGGAACAUUGCCCUUCUUUUAUUUUUCGUCAACCUCGAUCAUCGUCAACGUCCAUGAAUAUAUUUUUACGACCGUUCGAAAUGAACGUUUGGUUUGCUAUAAUCGGUUUAAUGUUACUCUCAACACUUGUCUAUUAUACAAUAAUAUAUUUUGAAUCCAAUGAAGUAUUCAUAUUGAAAACGUUGAGCGAUAUUUUCUUGUUAAAAAUUGGCACGUUAUGUCAACAAGGCACAGUCAUGGAACUCACAAAGCUUAGUAAUAGGUUCAUUGUCCUAUUGAUGUUUCUGUUUAGUUUAAUUGUGUAUCAGUUUUACUCUUCAAGUAUAGUGUCUGGCUUAUUGCGUCCUACAAUAAUUAAUAUUGACUCUUUACGAGAACUAGAUGAAAGUGGGUUGGAUGUCGGCAUAGAAGAUUAUAACAUUGUUACUAAAUUAGCUAAUAUGGCCGCAGAAACCAAUCCAUACAUGAAGAAAAUUAUCGACAAGAAAGUUAAGCCAAAGUCAGAGUACCUUUUUGCCAAAGACGGUGUGAAAAAAGUUAAAAAAGGUCACUAUGCAUUUUACACUGAUCCGGCAUCCAGUUAUUGGUUCGUAAAUGACAUUUUUACCGAGAAAGAAAAAUGCGAUUUAUCAGAAUUACCAAUAACCAGACCAGAAGUAACCGGCUUUUUGGUUCAAAAAAAUUCUCCGUACAGAAAAUUGAUAAAUAUUGCAGGCAACUUAUUAUUAGAAACUGGCAUUAUGGACAGAGAACUUCAAAUAUGGUAUGCUAAAAAACCGAAAUGCGUCGCCGGGAAAACCACAACAGAAGAAUCGUUAGUUAGCGUUGGUAUUAAAGAUAUAAUAUCACUUUAUAUUUUCUUAUUAGUUGGUUUUAUUGUUUCUAUCAUAACCUUAUUGUUGGAAAAAAUUAUUCAUCACCUUAUCAAUAUAAAAAAACAAACGGAUACAAACAGAUCCAUCGUUUUACAAAAAUAA